GGCAUUGUGACCAGAAUGUCAGUGAAGACGGCUUUGCCGUACACUUCGCCCCAGGCCGACACUGUGUCAAUCACUAAAAAAACACAAAGAUCACCUGAAAACUAAAACGGAAAGGAAAGCAAGCUGAAGCGAUGUAUGAGUGCUGCCCCGUGUGUCUGGGCAGACUUCGUCGCCAGGUGAAGACGCCGUGCAAGCACACAUUCUGCAAGAACUGUCUCUGCAAGGUCUACAAACAGAGCCCCGCCAAAGCUUGUCCCCUCUGCCGGGCUCCCUUGGAGUACUACAUCAGCAAGAGAAACAGCUCAGUGAUACUUGUCUUCUUUUAAAAGAGUCCAUCGUUAAAUUUAAAAUUGUUUCAAAGUUAAAUGGUUUCUGCUCAGC